AUGGAGCAUUGCUAUACUGACGCAACAAUUACAUCAUCCUCUUACCCUUCCCCUAUUCCUCUACGGUCACCUUCGGUGGCCAGCCCUUGCGCCGCUUGUAAGAUCUUGCGGAGGCGAUGUGUAGAAAAAUGUGUGUUGGCACCUUAUUUUCCACCAAAUGAUCCACUCAAGUUCACCAUUGCUCACCGUAUUUUUGGCGCCAGUAAUUUAACCAAGGUCUUGCAGGAACUGCCAGAGGCCGAAAGAGCCGAUGCGGUGAGUAGUAUGGUUUAUGAGGCGAAUGCAAGACAAAGAGAUCCUGUGUACGGAAGUGCAGGAGUGAUUUCCCAACUCCAAAACCAAGUUAAUGAACUUCAACAGCAACUAGCAAUGGCACAAGCUGAGAUUGUCAAUAUGCAAUCUCAACAAGCAAAUCUUAUGGCCCUCAUUUGCAUUGAAAAAUGGCAAAAAAAAAUUCCUCACCAACACCAUUCCUAUGACAAUGAUUACCAAACUAACAUGAGCUUCCUAGAUGAAAAUCCUGGAUCAUUAUUGGAGCAUGUUUCGACAUGA